GCCGUAAAACUGUAUGAAGGGUAAAGUCCGAUCGAGGAAGUUCGCGAAGUGAAGACAACGUCUAGUUUGCAGGAUGAGAGCUAUGUCCGCAGCGAUACGAUAUGCGAUACGGACGGUUUCCAUCAAGUUAGGAGGAUGAUUAUAAACAGGAAGACUGUAUCGCAUAGAAGGUGCUAGGGAGGAUGUCCCUCUGAACUUUCGGCUCUCUAGGUCGCACCCGCUGAGCGCGCGCUUCCCUCGCAUCGCCUCGCUACUGGACUGCUUUGCGAAAGCCCAGGAAAGAAAUGAUAUCGUGCUUUCUGCCGUUGCCCUUGUACUGUUUGGCUGCUGUCGAUCUAUGUUUGUUGGGCGAUCCUGACGGCAACAGUGCUUUGUCCCUUUUGAUGUCGUUCUCGGGAUCUUCUACCUCUCUAUCGUCUCCUUCUUCCAGGCCCUCACCCUCACGUUCGCCCUCGAUCUAUUCUCCGUCUCCAUCUACUCCACCUUUCUCCUCUCCUAUCGUUGCCCCCUUAUCGUACACUUCUUUCGUCUUCGCCCAUCUUUACAGCAGACCAGCUGUUCCAUCUCGCCCUAGACCUUCCGUCGAUUGUGCUGAGCCGCGCCAACCUUUAUCCGACCUCGUUUAGGACAAGCAGGCCCUGCCGCCUCGCUCUCAGCUUGUGUGAAGUGAUGAACAAUUUCAGGUCGUAGGCCGAGACUGUAUCGCCAACUUCUGGGUGGUAUGCGUUUUAUUCCUUAACGUUCGCUCUGCUCGCAAGCUGUUCCCGCAUGUACGUCCCGGACGCAUCUGGAAGAAUUGCGGGCAAGAGCAGUAGCCGUCGCUCUGUGUCCACCCGUCCUUGCUCCUGGUCUUCUGAGCAGGAGGUCCUUCGGCCCGGACCCGCCUACUUAGUCCUGCUGGAAGGUAUCCUGUCGAACCCCUUAGGGUCGAUGGCGAUGACGUGGUGUGUGUCGACGAUUGCCAUCCUCCGGAAUCUCUCCAGUACCGAGCCGUUUGCAAUUUCGGCUGGUCCUACAUGUGCGUAAGGACUGGCAAAGGACAGCU